GUUCACACACACACUCAGCUUCAUGCUGAACGCACAAACCCACCGUCUCCUCCGACUGUCUGUGUGCACUUCAAAGAAGAAGCUUGGUUAGGACUUUGCUCAGGCAGUAGUAAGAUUUUGGACCUGCUGUGGCUGUGUGUGUUUUGAGUGUAGAAGCAGUGUUGAUCCAUGUGCUUGAGAUAAUACAAGACAAGUGAUUUUUGUUUAUGGGGGGGAGGGGGGGUUGCAGUUUGCCACUCAGACGCAGAUACGUAACUUUUUCUCACCAACUUCAGGACCUACUGCUCCUUCUUGUGCCAGUGUCAACUCACUCGACACGAUGACAUGGCGUCCUCAGUACCGCAGCUCCAAGUUCCGCCACGUGUUUGGUAAGGCCGCCACCAAGGAGAGCUGCUAUGAUGGUGUGCCAAUCACACGCAGCGUCCAGGACAACAACUUCUGUGCUGUCAACCCACGUUUCCUGGCAGUCAUCACUGAGUGUGCAGGGGGAGGGGCCUUCCUCGUCCUCUCUAUCAAUCAUACAGGUAAAGUGGAUCCUCUCCACCCCCGAAUAUCGGGCCACAGAGGCAACGUGUUAGACGUCAAAUGGAAUCCCUUCAACGACUUCUGCAUCGCCUCCUGCUCUGAGGACACUACGGUAAAAGUGUGGGAAAUCCCUCCUCAUGGUGUGCUGAAGAACCUCACAUCACCAUGGAAGGAGCUUCAGGGUCACAGCCGCAGAGUGGGCCUCAUUGAGUGGCAUCCAACUGCUAACAACAUCCUUUUCAGUACAGCAUAUGACUACCAGGUGAUGAUCUGGAACCUAGACUGUCCAGAACAGGUGAUGAAGAACCCCGUGCGGACAAUCAGCAGCCACACAGACGUCGUUCUCUCCAUGUCUUUCAACACAGACGGCAGCCUCCUCGCCACCACCUGCAAGGACAGGAAGGUUCGACUCAUAGAGUCACGCUCAGGAAACCUACUGCAGGAAGCCAACUGCAAGAAGCACAAAGCCAGCAAGGUGCUGUUUCUGGGUAACAUGAAGAUGCUGUUCACAUCAGGCACUUCACGCUGGAACGACCGACAGUUUGCUCUGUGGGAUCAGGAUGAUCUGUCUGUGCCUUUGUUAGAAGAGAACUUGGAUGGUUCGUCAGGAGUCCUUUUUCCUUUCUAUGACCCCGACACACACAUGCUGUACCUUGCAGGGAAGGGUGACGGAAAUAUGAGGUACUAUGAGAUCAGCUCAGAAAAACCGUAUAUCCACUACCUAACAGAGUACCGCUCAAACCUACCUCAGAAAGGAAUGGGCGUAAUGCCAAAGAGAGGUCUGGAUGUGAGCUCCUGUGAGGUGUUCAGGUUCUACAAACUGGUGACAACCAAGAGUCUCAUUGAGCCUCUUUCCAUGAUUGUACCCCGCAGGUCCGAGUCAUACCAAGAAGACAUCUAUCCAAUGACAGCUGGUAACAAGCCCGCUUUGACUGCAGAGGAGUGGCUCAGCGGCAUAGAUAAAGGUCCGGUGCUGAUGUCUCUGAAGCCAGGUUGUCAAGUAGCAGAGUCGUACUCAGAGAUGAGCAAGGGACCGGGAAACUCACUGGAUACUCGCCGGUCUCAAAGCAAACCAGGCGCCCUGCAACUGGCAUACAUUCAGGACCAACUGGGAAUCAAAGGCGGCAAGGAGGACAGCGGUAAUACAGAGGACGACAGGAGCCAGACUCCUGUCAGCAACGGAGAAGACCUCGCGCUUUGCUCUCCGCCCAGAACAGAGAAUGAGCUGCGUCUGAAGUUCCACAAGCAGCAGGAGGAAAUCCGACGGUUGAGAGAGCUCCUCAACCAGAGGGACGUUCACGUCAAACAGCUGGAGCUGGAGAUUAAGAACAUCCGAAACUCCCAGUCUCACCAGAGCUCACCUUAAGACUUGUCCAACCCACGGGGUCACUUUCACCCCCCCGUGGGACACGUGCAUUACUGUACAAACUUCCUAACCGCAUCUUCGCACCACCACACCUUCUUAAUGUCCUGACUCACCUCUUAUUCUUUAAUGGGCCCACCACUCACUGCACAGGGGGAAUUUAAAACCUCUUUUCUUUGUUGGGUGCACAUAUUCUUUGUUCAUAUAAAUACACUCAAACACAUUCUCACCCAGUUGUAACACGAUUUAAAUCUCUUUACACCUAUUGACCUCUACCCCGUUUCUUUUUUAUCCUUCACAGCUAUGCAAAUUAAUUGUAUUUUUUAGCUUUUUUAUGCUCUUCGUAGCUCAGAGAUGAAAAACGAUGUCUGUGUCUGUCUUGACUGAAUGAUGGGACUGCCUGCGUGUUUAAAAGUUGUUGCAGAGCAGGAGCAGACAUCCUGUGAGAUAAUGCUAUUUUUUUUUAAUGCUUUUGAUUCUUUUUUUUUGUUUUAAAUAUUUAAACUACUAUAAGUGGAGAAGGCUGUUGUGUUUUAAUGUAUGUGUGGUUGAAUGAGAGUGAUCUAAAUGAAUGGUAAUAUCAUUCCAGCUGUGUUGUUGUGUUCCAAUGAGCUGCAUUUGUUUUUUAGUUUUGGAUGACUGAAAAAUAUACUGGAAAAUUGGUGAAUAAUCAACCCGUUUUACAGCCGCUAUGGUGCAAACCAAUUCUGCACCUGAUGCUAUGUAGCAGUUAAGUUUUAUAUUUAUUUUAAAAUACAGUCAGAGGAAAAAUACAAUUUAAUCAAGUACUUGAAUUUGCGAUUGCAUUUUUGCAAAUACAGCAUGCAAACUGUUUUAAAAAGGAUAAAAAGCCUACUAGCUGUUCCCUAAUGUGGGAUCUGUGAAGAAACUAUUUAAAGCCAUUGUAGUACGGAGCCUUGCACCACUUUUGGGUUACUUUGGGAUCAAUGCGCUUUCAGUUAUGAAUGUCUUUGGGUGUCUUGUAUUGCUCUCUCUUAAAAUCUGAAACAUGACACUGGGGUUUUCUGUUCAUGUUUUCAGCUGAAUGAGUAUCUGCUACUGUAGUGGAUAGUAUACAUUUUCCAGUAAAUGUGUUGAUCCUGGGUCAGGACCCUGCAGCUCUCUCUAAAGUAUUCCUUACACAUUACUAUCUCAAAUUAGAUAAGAUUUUGUGUAUAUUGCAUUCAAAUGCAGGACCUGUUGAGUCAUUGAAUUCUAACAAAAUAAUUAGAAUAUAAUUGUUAGUUAAUAAUUGAGCUUGACGUUAUCUCCAAUCAAGGUCUAUUAAUGGCUUUUUCUGGAGCUUUAAGUGGUUUUCAAUAGUAGAUGAGGUUUAUAGGUAAGUGGACCUUGAGCAGAGAUACCGGUAAUUGUUUUUGUCAACUGUUGUUUCCAGUGACAAAAAUGAAUUGUAAAGCUUAAUUUUAGGACAACAAGGAUUAUAAAGCAUGCAAACAGAUAAGUAGAUACUGUAUGUGUUUUUUAGAAGAUGAAAAGAGAUUCCCAGUAUGAUGUUUCAGCUUUGAAAUGAGAUUGUGGAAGAGAACAGUCCCAUAAGCACAGUUCUAUAAACAGAAAUGUGUUUUUCCUCAAGGUAGUUCUGAAUGGUGGUCAUAGUGCUGUCAGUACAUCAUAUUUGUUGCUUCCAGAAUUUAAACAUUCCCUUGUCUCUAAUCUCUAUGUACGCUGCCCGUUUAGUGGUUAUUACUUAGAUUUCCUCAUGGGGGCAGUGGAUACUACGCACUAUACAUUUUCUUUUAAAAGGAGUCAUUUUCUGAUUGUAAAUGUGCUUAGAUGUUAUAGACGUUUUUGCAGAUAUUAGG